CUAACCAUUAUUAUUCAUUAUUUAUUAUUAUUAUUCCGACUCUCUCAUACGCAGCUUCUCUUCUUCUGUGUGUUUCAAAAAUUGAAGUAACCUUUGAUCCUUACCGAUGGUGCUCUACAGAAGUGUUUCACUGCUUUCUAAGCUUAAGAAUACUCGCGCUGUUCGACAGCCUAAUCUUGCCAAUUCAGUGAGGUGGCUUCAAAUUCAGACCUCCUCUGACCUUGACAUCCGAUCACACCUUAAGGAAUUGAUUCCAGAACAGCAGGAGCGCCUAAAAAAGAUCAAGUCAGAAUAUGGAAAAGUUCAGUUGGGUAACAUUACCGUUGAUAUGGUUCUUGGUGGGAUGAGAGGAAUGACAGGUUUGCUGUGGGAAACAUCUCUACUCGACCCAGAUGAGGGAAUCCGCUUUCGAGGUCUCUCCAUUCCUGAAUGUCAGAAGGUAUUACCAGCAGCAAAGUCUGGCGGAGAGCCGUUACCCGAGGGUCUUCUCUGGCUUCUUUUGACUGGGAAGGUGCCCACUAAAGAACAAGUAGAUGCUUUGUCAGCAGAGUUGCGCAGUCGUGCCACUAUCCCAGAUCAUGUGUAUAAAGCCAUCGACGCCUUACCUAUAACAGCUCAUCCAAUGACUCAGUUUACAACUGGUGUGCUGGCUCUACAGGUACAAAGUGAAUUCUCAAAAGCAUAUGAGAACGGAAUUCAUAAAUCCAAAUACUGGGAACCGACAUUUGAGGACUCACUUUCAUUGAUCGCUCAACUACCAGCUGUAGCUGCAUAUGUUUAUCGUAGGAUGUAUAAAAAUGGAGAAAUUAUACCAGUGGAUGACUCAUUAGAUUAUGGUGCGAAUUUCGCCCACAUGCUUGGAUUUAAUAGUCCUGAUAUGCAAGAACUUAUGAGGCUAUAUGUCACUAUCCAUAGUGAUCAUGAAGGUGGAAAUGUCAGUGCUCAUACCGGUCAUCUCGUCGCUAGUGCCCUUUCAGAUCCAUACCUCUCAUUUGCUGCAGCAUUAAAUGGUUUAGCUGGACCCCUCCAUGGUUUGGCUAAUCAGGAAGUGCUACUUUGGAUCAAGUCUGUGGUAGAUGAAUGUGGGGAGAACAUAAGCAAGGAUCAACUGAAAGACUAUGUUUGGAAAACCCUGAAUAGUGGGAAGGUUGUUCCGGGAUUUGGGCAUGGAGUUUUGCGUAAAACGGAUCCCAGAUACAUGUGUCAAAGAGAGUUUGCAUUAAAGCAUUUACCCGAUGAUCCUCUAUUUCAGCUGGUUUCAAAGCUUUAUGACGUGGUGCCUCCAAUACUAACUGAACUCGGCAAGGUGAAAAACCCUUGGCCCAAUGUGGAUGCUCACAGUGGGGUUUUGCUUAACUAUUAUGGCUUAACCGAAGCAAGAUAUUACACUGUUCUUUUUGGUGUAUCGAGGGCCAUUGGAAUCUGCUCUCAGCUCAUAUGGGAUAGAGCUCUUGGAUUGCCAUUGGAGAGGCCAAAGAGUGUUACGAUGGAAUGGCUUGAAAAUCACUGCAAGAAAUCUGCCUAAUUUUGCAUACCAAAAGUAAAGAAUUUACAUCUCUUUUGCAAAUAAUAAUAGCUCCUCAGCCUUUCAAGGCAUCUUUCUGCAGUCAGCACGAGGUGGUAAAUGGCGUUUGAGUAGGGGUAGUUGCUUAGAUCAACUAUGAGGACUGUUUUUACCCGAUGAGCUUUGUUGAUAGUACAAAAAGUCUAUAGCUCGGAUGAUCCCUUAUACUUUAAAAAGCGUCAUAUAUGUUGCUUGAGAUUAUAGUGUUUAUUUUUUUUUGUGUUGAUAUUUUGAAUUUUAUGCACGUUAAAAUAUUACCAAUUUUCAUGAGCAAAUCCAAUUCAACGAAAUAAUAAUUUGAUCUAAAUCAAAGAUCAUUGUGGCAAA